UUAACAUCAAACGGUCUGCUGACAGUGCUGACAACAUCAGUCGAUGACAGCUUGUAGCUUCCGCUGAAUAUUCCUUUUUUUUCGAAGAGCGGCCACAAAACACGUCCGCCAUUCUUUUCCGAUUUGUUCGCAAACAUGACUGGUUUAAACACUAAGGCCGUUGUUAUUGACGGUCGUGCACAUUUGGUCGGACGAUUGGCUUCCGUUGUUGCAAAGAAUUUGCUACAGGGAGGUAAAAUUGUUGUCGUAAGAUGCGAGGAACUCAAUCUUUCCGGACAUUUUUACAGAAACAAAGUCAAAUAUUUGAAUUAUUUGCGCAAGCGUUGUAAUGUCAAUCCAGCCAGAGGCCCAUUCCAUUUCCGUGCUCCAUGCAGAAUUUUCUUCAAGGCUGUACGAGGAAUGAUCCCACACAAGACAAAGCGUGGUCAAGCCGCCCUCAAGCGUUUGAGAGUCUUUGAUGGUAUUCCACCAAACUACGAAAAGAAGCGUCGUGUCUGCGUACCAUCAGCCAUGCGUGUACUGUCGUUACGUUCGGGCCGUAAAUUCUGCCAAGUCGGUCGAAUUUCCCACGAAGUAGGCUGGCACUACAAGGAUGUUGUACAGAAUUUGGAAAGAAAACGAAAGGCCAAGUUGCGUAUUCAUCUCAAACAAAUGAAGGUGAAUAACAAGCUAACACAACAAGCACGUCAAAAUAUCGAAAAGGCUGCUGCUCCGUUCACGGCUAUCAUCAAAUCGUACGGAUAUCAAUAAAGGGAACAUCAACCGAAAUCUGUAUCUUUUGGGAUAUAAAUACAAAAAAAGAAGAAAAAAAAA